CCAUUAUUGGGCUUCAGUGUUUGCAGAUAUUUGCCUUUAUGUGCGCGGUGGUUGAGCUUCACGCUUCCAUGCCGUCGUGGUUGGCUGGUCGCCGUAUUUCUCUCUGUAACCGACUGCAUCUUUCUCAGCCCAGUAACACCAACUUCGAUAUUCUCAACAAUCACCAUCACAGGUAGGAAGAGGUGAGUGCUGGAUAGUUUUAUCUCCAUGGAUCUGCAGGACUUCCUUCUUCGCGCUCGAGUCUUGAAGCUUUACAGGCAAGCAUUGAGGAUUUCUGCUCGAGCCCCUACUGCUGCUAAAGAUGAACUGAGACAGACAAUUAGACAAGAGAUGGAAAAUAAUCGGGAUUGUAAAGACAAGCAAAGGAUCCGAUACCUGAUUAGUGAAGGAAUGGAAAGAUUGAAACGACUCGAUGAAAUGCUUGAUAUGCAAGGUCACUGAUGAUCAAAGUGAAUAUGCACCGUAUUUGGUUCAUUGCAGUGGUUACGCUUGCUUCUGCUUCAAACUCUAACAGGUUUUACCAUUUAUUUCAGAUUGAUCCAAAUUCCGUUGGCCUUAAGAGUUAUGAGUCAAAAAAUAUGUAACUGACAAGUAUGUAAAAGCUAAACUCCUCUGAGAAUUCAGUCACAGGGGUUGGACAGAAGGAUGACACCAGAUGGAACUUAUUUUUAUUCCAUUAGUCUUUUGUUUGUUUUGAAAGUGAAUAUUGGAUUUUCAAGUUCCAAACAUGUAUUCUAUGUGAAAUUCUUCAUAUGUUAUCUUGAUUACAAAGUAUAAUGGGCAUAUCGUCUCCCAUCAAUGUUUGACAUCCCCAUUCCAAAAUGUCUCAUCUUUGUCUCCUUGGAUUCGGUUUGUCUUUAUAAGGAGUUUAAAGUGGGAACUGGGAGAGGGAAAGGUUAAUCUCAACAGAAGAUUACCAUAGCAUGCUUUUCUAUGAAAACGAAAAGGAUGGUCUGAAAA